AAAAAUAAGAUUGCUGUAAUAGUGAUUGCAUUGACUUGUGCCGGCUGUAUCGAUAUUUGGUCAAUUUCCCUUUAAAUUUGAGUGGAUUUGCUGGUCUUCAGUUGGUGUUCCCAUAGUGUGGACACUUGCACAAGAUUCAGAUCAGUUUUUCAUUGCGUCCAUACGGUAUACAACCACUCUCCUUGUAUAUUUUAAGACUCAUAUUUUCAUCCAGUAAUCCAUCCAUCCAUAUUCCAGAACUGGUGCCCAGUCCCUUACCUGUUCAUAUGGAUCAUAUACCAACGCGAAAUCCGAGAGAGCAGAAGGGAAUGACGUGGCCAAACCGAAUCAUCUAAUUUUCAUAUUUCCUGAGUUUAUUGUACCUGAAUAUUAGCUAUGUUUUGUGUCUAAUUUAAAAGUGAAUAAUGAUUCCUGUGCUUUAAAGAGUACGCUGCCUGCAUUGAGUGUUACUGGUUACUGUGGUACUGAGCGCGUUCUCCGUCAUCUCAGCCCUUGCUGUCCGCGGUGCCGUUUGCCGGCUUCUCUUCGGGUCACGGCAGGACGUGGAAGCGCUGGUCUGAAGCGCAGCGAACAUCCGGCUGUAAUCUGAGACGCGUCCUCCUCUUGCCCGCAUGCAGCGAAGAGCCUGCUUUAUGAUACAGCCUGGAUCAUGUUAUCAUCCUGUUAGUUAAUUUCACGUAGGAUGUAUUUGUGGUGGCAGCAUAGUGGCUUACUGAGUAGCAGUUUGGAUUUUUGAAUUCCACCUCAGACUGACUGAUCUCUCUCUAUCGCCCGUAGAGUGUGAUCUUUGUGCUAAUGUGUGUCCUGCGAUAGAUUGAAUGAAUGAAAAUGAAUUCCUAUUAAAUGUUCUCUGUCCGUUUCCUUGUUCUGUGGUUUGUUCCGCCAGCUUGAUACAACAAGUGCUGAGGGCUGUGUUUUGUUUGUUUUGGUUUGGUUUCUGCCUGGAAACUGCACUAGAGGACAGAGACUGAAUGACAUGCAGCAUUUGCAUAAACAGUGGUUACAAUACAGGUGUUUGUGUGACUUGCUGUAAAGGAUUCUCACCACCACGUCACCUAAACAUCAAUAUGUUAAUCAUCCCUUAAAAUGGAAAAAAUGUCUCAAUAAUCCUGUUUCAUGGUACGGCAGACCCUCUAUAAAUUGCUGCCACGUAGGGAAAUGUGUGAGGGGUGUUUUAUGGGAGUCGUUUGAAUUACAGAUAACAAAACGGCUGCUCUAUUUGUCUGAGUGUCGAGGUCCUGAGCAGUACCUACAGAGUUUGCUCUGUACGCCUCAGCCCGCCCACUGAGAGGAGUGACCGUCCCUAUAGCCAAUGGCAGGCUCGUAGGCAAAUGAAGGGGGCGGAUCCAAGCCGUCUUCACUCCCCCCCCCUGGAGGAAGCUUAGAAUACCAGAGUGGGCUGGGAGGCCGUGCGCCCAUUUCCACACUGGCAGGGACGGCGGACGAGAGAGAGCGAGAGAGCGAGCGAGCGAGAAUCAUCCAGGGGAAGGAAGGAGCAGAGCAGGCAGAACAAUGCACCCAGAGCAGUUAAGCAGGAACCCCCAUCGCUUCUCCGUCAGGGGAUCCCGUGAGCUGUACUACCGCAGCAUGCAGCGCGCAUGGGAGAAGGUGGGCAAGGCGGACAGCAGCGAGGAGAAAUCCAGGAAGCGCCGGCUGCGCGUCUGCGUGGCCACGUGCAACCGGGCCGACUACUCAAAACUGGCGCCCAUCAUGUUCGGCAUUAAGGCCCAUCCGGAGGACUUUGAGCUGGAAGUGGUGGUGCUGGGCUCCCAUCUCAUUGAUGAUUAUGGCAAUACCUUCCGCAUGAUCGAGCAGGACGACUUCGACAUCGGCUCCAAGCUGCACACCAUCGUGCGCGGCGAAGACGAGGCCGCCAUGGUGGAGUCGGUGGGCCUGGCGCUGGUCAAGCUGCCCGACGUGCUCCAGCGGCUGCAGCCCGACGUGCUGCUGGUCCACGGCGACCGCUUCGACGCGCUGGCGCUGGCCACGGCGGCUGCGCUGAUGAACGUGCGCAUCCUGCACCUGGAGGGCGGCGAGGUGAGCGGCACCAUCGACGACUCCAUCCGCCACGCCAUCUCCAAGCUGGCGCACUACCACGCCUGCUGCACGCGCAGCGCCGAGCGCCACCUCAUCGCCAUGUGCGAGGACCACUCCCGCAUCCUGCUGGCGGGCUGCCCCUCCUACGACAAGCUGCUGACUGCCCAUCACCGCGACGACUACAAGGACAUCAUCCGCAGCUGGCUUGGGGAGGACGUGAAGGAGCUGGACUACAUCGUGGCCCUGCAGCAUCCCGUCACCACGGACAUCAAGAACUCCAUCAAGAUCUACGAGCUGAUGCUGGACGCCCUCAUCUCCUUCAAUAAGCCGACGCUCAUCCUGUUCCCCAACAUCGAUGCAGGCAGUAAGGAGAUGGUGCGCGUGAUGAGAAAGAAAGGCAUCGAGCGGCACCCCAACUUCCGGGCCGUCAAGCAUGUGCCCUUCGAGCAGUUCAUCCAGCUGGUGUCGCAUGCCGGCUGCAUGAUCGGCAACAGCAGCUGCGGGGUCCGUGAGGCCGGCGCCUUCGGGACGCCCGUCAUCAACCUGGGCACGCGGCAGACGGGCCGAGAGACCGGGGAGAAUGUUCUACACGUGCGAGAUGCAGACACCCAGAAUAAGAUCUACCAUGCACUGGAGCUGCAGUUUGGAAAACGCUACCCAUGCUCCAAGAUCUAUGGAGAUGGCAACGCAGUGCCCCGCAUCCUGAAGUUCCUGCAGACCAUUGACCUUGACGAGCCGCUGCAGAAGACCUUCUGCUUCCCAGUGGUGAAGGACUGCAACUCGCAGGACAUCGACCACAUCUUGGAGACCCAGAGCGCGCUGGCCGUGGACCUGGGGGGCACCAACCUACGGGUGGCAGUGGUCAGCAUGAAGGGGAAGAUUGUGAAGAAAUACAUCCAGCCAAACCCAAGCACAUAUGAAGACAGGAUCCAGCUGAUCCUGAAGAUGUGCAGCGACGCAGCCGUCGACGCCGCCGUCAGCCUGAACUGCAGGGUCUUCGGAGUGGGUGUGUCAACCGGCGGCCGGGUGAAUCCCCACGAUGGGGUCAUCCUCCACUCGACCAAGCUGAUCCAGGAGUGGAGCUCCGUGGACAUCCGCACCCCCAUCUCCGACACGCUGCACCUGCCCGUGUGGGUGGACAACGACGGCAACUGCGCCGCCCUCGCCGAGAAGAAGUUCGGCCAGGGGAGGGGAGUGGAGAACUUCGUCACCGUCAUCACCGGCACGGGCAUCGGCGGUGGCAUCAUCCAGCAGGGCGAGCUGGUCCACGGCAGCACCUACUGCGCGGCGGAACUGGGCCACAUCAUGGUGUCCCUGGACGGACCGGAAUGCUCAUGCGGCAGCCGCGGCUGCAUCGAGGCCUUUGCGUCGGGGUCCGCCCUGCAGCGGGAGGCCAAGAGACUCCACGACGAGGAUGAUCUGCUCAUGGAGGGCAUGUCCCUGAAGAACGAGGAGCCCGUCAGCGCCAUCCACCUCGUGGAAGCCUCCCACCGCGGCAAUGGCAAGGCUGAGGCCAUCCUCAGGACAGCUGGCACAGCGCUGGGCGUGGGCAUCAUUAACAUCCUGCACACCGUGAACCCCUCGUUAGUGGUUCUCUCCGGCGUCCUGGCGAACUUCUACGAGAACCCCGUGAAGAACAUCAUCCAGCAGCGUGCCCUUAGCUCCGCCCACAGCAUCCGCGUGGUGACCUCUGACCUCGAGGAACCUGCCCUACUGGGUGCAGCCAGCAUGGUCCUGGAUUACACCACCAGGAGGACAUAUUAGACAGACUGGCUGCUCUAGUAUCUAUGGCCUUAACUGGAAACCACAGGCCCUAUUGGGCUAGGUACUUGGAGUUUCACAUAAGUUCUGGACCUAACUAUUAAAAGUGUGCUUGUACAGUGAGUAUUGGAUGAAGAGACCAGUAGAACUGGUGAAAAUUCCCACAUUCUUACGGAAGUGAAGUAUUAGUUUUAUUUUGAGAACUUAUCUUUUACUGUUAUUUGUCUGUCCGUUAUAUGAAGUCCAAAACACUUAUCUCGUGUUUGUUUCGGAACACACUGAUGAACCUCACAUUUUGUCAGGACAGUCAGUAGACUUGGCACACCAACAGGUGAUGAAGUAUGUCAAUGUGUAAUGAAGGUGUUUAGCUGAUUGGUUGGGGAGAUGUGGGGGGCGUGUCUUACAGGGACCUUUAUCUGUAGAGUUCCGCCAUUGGCCAGCAGCCGGUAAAUGUUAAUCAGUCAGAAUCGGUCAUUAUUACUGGAGGAAGCUUGUGUAUUCUCAAUGUAUUUGACCUAAAUAUUUUUUGGAAUGGUCCUAUGAAUACAUGUUAACAAAGUGACUUUUUUUACGAAAAAAAUUAGGAAUAACAUUGAUGUUUUGACCCGAAAGUAACAAUUUUAUUUUAUACAUUAUCUAAGUGGGGGGACUUGUACAAUCAAACCUUUAACUGAAGCUUGCAAAGACAUUUGAAAUGAAAUAAGAAUGUAUUUUUUAAGUGGCAGUCUUUGCCAUCCACCAAGUAAGCUAUAUGUUAAAAACAAUAACGAUCA